AUGGCGCCUAGAACAUUAUACGAUAAGGUUUUCGACGACCACAUUGUUCACAAGGAUGAUGGUGGAUCAUGUUUGAUUUACAUUGACAGACAUUUAGUCCAUGAAGUUACUUCACCUCAAGCCUUUGAAGGCUUAAAGAAUGCUGGAAGAAAAGUAAGAAGAACAGAUUGUACUUUGGCUACCGUUGACCACAACAUUCCAACUAUUUCCAGAUCCAACUUCACUGAUGUGGAAUCAUUUAUUCAACAAGAAGAUUCCAAGUUACAAGUGAUGACCUUGGAACAAAAUGUCAAAGACUUUGGAGUCACUUAUUUUGGUAUGGAAGAUGAUAGACAAGGUGUUGUUCAUAUUGUUGGUCCAGAACAAGGAUUCACAUUACCUGGUACUACUGUUGUUUGUGGUGAUUCUCAUACUUCUACCCACGGUGCCUUUGGAGCCCUUGCCUUUGGAAUUGGGACUUCUGAAGUUGAACAUGUUUUAGCCACUCAAACCGUCAUUCAAGCCAAAUCUAAGAACAUGAGAAUUUGCGUGGAUGGUGACUUAUCUCCUGGGAUUACAUCUAAAGAUUUGGUCUUGCACGUUAUUGGUGUUAUUGGUACUGCUGGUGGUACUGGAUGUGUGAUUGAAUUCUGUGGUAAGGCCAUUGAAAACUUAUCCAUGGAAGCAAGAAUGUCUAUUUGUAAUAUGGCCAUUGAAGCCGGUGCACGUGCCGGUAUGAUUAGACCAGAUCAAACCACUUUUGAUUAUAUUCAAGGUAGACCUUUAGCACCCAGUGGAGCUGAAUGGGAAAAGGCUGUGAAAUAUUGGAAGACUUUGCAUUCUGAUGAAGGAGCCAAAUUCGAUUACGAUAUCAAGAUUAAAGCCAGCGACAUCGUUCCAACCAUUACUUGGGGUAAUUCUCCACAAGAUGCUUUACCCAUUACUGCAUCUGUACCAGACCCAUCAACUGUUGAUGAUCCUAUUAAGAAGGCUGGUAUGGAAAGAGCUUUGCAAUAUCAAGGUUUAACACCCAACACUCCAUUGCAAGAACUUAAAAUUGAUAAGGCAUUCAUUGGAUCGUGUACCAAUGCAAGAAUUGAAGAUUUAAGAGCUGCUGCUAAGGUUGCCAAGGGUCACAAGAAGGCAGCAAAUGUCAAACAAGUAUUAGUUGUUCCUGGAUCAGGUUUAGUCAAGAAACAAGCUGAAAGGGAAGGUUUGGAUAAGAUUUUUGAAGCUGCUGGGUUUGAAUGGAGAGAAGCUGGAUGUUCCAUGUGUUUAGGUAUGAACCCUGAUAUCUUAAACCCUGAAGAAAGAUGUGCAUCCACUUCCAACAGAAACUUUGAAGGUCGUCAAGGUGCACGUUCCAGAACACAUUUGAUGUCACCAGCCAUGGCUGCAGCUGCUGCCAUUAAAGGGCAUUUCACUGACAUUAGAAGUUUUGAAUAUGAUACCAGUGAUGAACCCUCAAUUAAAAUUAGUACCUCCGCCACCGAAGAUAAGCAAUUGCAAGAUGCUGUGUAUGAACACGAGAAACAACCCGUUGAACCUGAGACUUUAGAAGCCAAAAAUGAACAAUUGAAUGAUAUUCCAGAAUCUUCCGUUCCAUCUGCUUCAUCAACAAGUGCAGCUGAAGAAGUCAGUACUGGCGGGAUUGAGAAAUUUGGUGUUUUGACUUCCGUUGGUGCACCAUUGGAUAAGGCCAAUGUUGAUACUGAUGCCAUUAUCCCCAAGCAAUUUUUAAAGACUAUUAAGAAAUCAGGUUUGAGAGUUGGGUUAUUCUAUGAAGCAAGAUUCACCAAAGACCCUAACACCGGCAAAGAUGUGGAAACCGAUUUCGUAUUAAAUGUUGAACCUUAUAACAAGGCACAAAUCAUGGUUGUUACUGGACCUAACUUCGGGUGCGGGUCAUCUAGAGAACAUGCUCCUUGGGCAUUAAAGGAUUUUGGUAUCAAAUGUAUUAUUGCCCCCUCGUUUGGGGAUAUCUUUUAUAACAACUCAUUUAAAAAUGGAUUGUUACCUAUCAGAUUACCACAAGAAGUCAUUUUGGAAAAGUUAUCACCAGUGGCAAUUGCUGGGAGAAAGCUUACCAUUGACUUGCCCAAACAACAAAUCAGAGAUGGUGAAACCGACCAAGUGUUGGUGGAAUCCUUUGACGUGGAAGAGUUCAAGAAACAUUGUUUGGUCAAUGGGUUGGAUGAGAUUGGUUUGACCUUACAAAAGGAGGAUCACAUUGCUGCAUAUGAAGCUAAGAGAAGAGACGUGUUUUCCUUCUUGGAAGGUGGUUCCAAAUUAGUCAAGCCUAUUAAGGGCACCAAGAAGUCGGCUUAUGGUGUCAGGGCCCAAGAAUGGUAA